UUGGGCGCUGGGAGCGAGGCGGCGGGGGCAGCUCGGCCGCGCGCCCCGCCCCUCGGAGGCCGGCCUCCUGCGCGCCCCCGCUGUCGCCUGCAGGUCCGCGGCGAUCUGCUCCGGCCGCAGGUGUCACCCUCGCCGGAGCUGCAGCCCGGAGCCGCCCGCGGCAGAAGGGAAGGGGACGUGGGGGUGGCCGCGGCAGGGUCAACCUCCAUCUCAGCUAAUCAUGGGAGAGAUUAAAGUCUCUCCCGAUUAUAACUGGUUCAGAAGUACAGUUCCCCUUAAAAAGAUUAUCGUAGAUGAUGAUGACAGUAAAAUAUGGUCGCUCUACGAUGCGGGUCCCAGAAGUAUCAGGUGUCCUCUCAUAUUUCUUCCUCCGGUCAGCGGAACAGCGGAUGUAUUUUUCCGGCAGAUUUUGGCUUUGACUGGAUGGGGUUACCGGGUUAUAGCGUUGCAAUAUCCAGUUUAUUGGGACCACCUUGAGUUCUGUGAUGGAUUCAGAAAACUUCUAGACCAUUUACAACUGGAUAAAGUUCAUCUGUUUGGGGCUUCUUUGGGAGGUUUUUUGGCCCAGAAGUUUGCUGAAUACACUCACAAGUCUCCUAGAGUCCAUUCCCUCAUCCUGUGCAACGCCUUCAGUGACACCUCUAUCUUCAACCAGACCUGGACUGCAAACAGCUUUUGGCUGAUGCCUGCAUUUAUGCUUAAAAAAAUAGUUCUUGGAAACUUUUCAUCUGGCCCAGUGGACCCUAUGAUGGCCGAUGCCAUUGACUUCAUGGUGGACAGGCUGGAAAGUCUGGGUCAGAGUGAACUGGCUUCAAGACUGACCCUGAAUUGUCAGAAUUCUUAUGUGGAACCUCAUAAAAUACGGGACAUCCCCGUAACCAUUAUGGAUGUGUUUGACCAGAGCGCACUUUCAACGGAAGCUAAAGAAGAAAUGUACAAACUGUAUCCUAAUGCCCGGAGAGCACACCUUAAAACAGGGGGCAACUUCCCCUACCUGUGCAGAAGUGCGGAGGUGAAUCUGUACGUACAGAUACAUUUGCUGCAAUUCCACGGAACCAAAUACGCUGCCAUUGACCCAUCCAUGGUCAGUGCCGAGGAGCUGGAGGUGCAGAAGGGCAACCUGAGCAUCAGCCAGGAGGAGCAGUAGACGUGGCCGUGGAUGCGGUGACCUGCGCGCUCGUGUACAAUCAGUGACGUCAGUACCCACCGUCGGCCUCCUCCAGGUGGCCGGCUCUCACUGUGCUUGGGAAGUGGGACUGAUUGUCACCUUCCUGACAGGUGGCAGCUCUUCCAAGCCAGUGUGACCACUCCCUCUUCGGUUUUUUUAGCUUUUCAAUUUGAAGAACUUUUGAAGUCUCAUUUUAAGAACAGUGAAUAUUUUGCUACCAGAAGUCUUCACUACUAUGCUAAGUGAAUGUUCAUUUCUGAGGUUUGGGGAUAUUUUUUCUUCUCUUUUCCUGUCUUCUGUCUUGCUUUUUAUGUUAUUUACUAUAAACACCACACAUCAAGAUCAUGUAUCAGAAGGACAUGGGUUAUUUUUGUGCUUUGAGGGCAUAACCAUUAUCACAGUGCCAGGACUAGCACCCUGCUGUCAGCUCACCUGCAAAUCAGCUACUUCUAAUUUCCAGUUAAGUGCAUUGUUUUGACUGUCAGCAGUUGUCUUUCUAGACAUUACAGUGGUUUGGAAUAAAAAUUCAACUUCAGUGA